AUGUUGACAACCAAUGUCCCCGACAUAGCAAUGUGCUUCUCUGAUUCGAGAUUUGCGUACGGCCCCUUUGUGCCACACUAUAUUGCCCGGCAAUAUGUUGAGAAUUACUUCGCCAUCCGCAAGACAGAUGCCUUCCUACAGCUGAACACUACUGUGGAGGAUCUUUCGAGCGUGGCUUUGCCAGAGCGCGGCGGCGCCAGAGGUUGGAAGCUGACACUUCGCAAGUACGACGCCACCAGAAACGUCGAUGUGUGGCGCGAGGAGUUCUUUGACGCUGUGAUGUUGGCUAACGGGCACUACUCGGUUCCUUAUGUACCACAAGUCCCCGGCCUCGAGGCAUACAUUACCGAUUUCCCGGGGCGGGUAUCCCACUCAAAGUUCUACCGCUCUCCCCUACUCUACGAAUCCAAACGAGUUAUUGUAGUCGGGAACUCCGCAUCGGGCCACGACGUAAGCGCGGACUUGGUCUCUGCUGCCCAACACCCCGUCUACGUAUCCCGGCGCUCCAAGUCAAAGUGGGAUGGCGACGAACCGCCAUUUGGAAUAUCGUGGAAACCCACCAUCCGGGAAUUCCAACAAGACGGUAGAGUCGUAUUCAGUGACGAUACAUACUUGGACGAUAUCGACGCGGUGAUAUAUUGCACAGGCUACAAAGCUUCGUUUCCGUUCUGGAAUGAACAGGCUAACAAACAGCCCUUGUGGGACUACAAAGCCGACAGGCUGGUCAAGAGCUACUGGCAUACUUUCUUCCGCGACUACCCAAACCUCGGCAUUGUGGGACUUCCGAGGACUCUGACAUUUCGAAGCUUUGAGUACCAGGCUGUCGCGCUUGCGCGGCUGUGGUCGAACAGAAACUCCAUCCCGCUUCCGUCGCGUGAGGACCAAGAGGCGUGGGAACUGCAUCAAACGGAGAAGACGAGAGCCCGCCGUGGCAAGUUUCACGAUAUUCCGUGGGAAAAUGGCGAGACAACCGAGUACUUGAAGUACUUGUUCAACUUUGCGGGCCUUGGAACCAUAAGUGGCGAGGGCAGAAUACCGCCCGCUCUGGGGAGGGACUUGGUUUGGGCCAUAGAGAAUAUACACAAGUAUCCAGAGCAUACAACUCAGGGCAAGAAGAAGGGGGAUGGAGGAGAAACCGUGGAGGAGGGUUGGGUUUUGGUGGCAAAUAGCUGCAUGAAUCACUUGGGCUUUACUUGA